GGGCACAUGGAGGGUGAGGUUUGGGGUCUGGCCUCCCACCCACUCCUCCCUGUCUGCGCCACCGUCAGCGACGAUAAAACCCUCCGACUGUGGGAGACGUCGGCCAAUCACCGCAUGCUGGCUGUCCGCAAGCUGAAGAGAGGCGGCCGCUGCUGUGCCUUCUCUCCUGAUGGAAAAGCGUUGGCAGUGGGUCUGAGUGACGGUGGCGUCCUGGUGGUGAACGCAGACACGCUGGAGGAUCUGCUGAGCUUCCACCAUCGCCGCGAUGCCAUUUCUGACAUUCGAUUUUCUCCUGAUCCAGGUAAAUACCUGUCCGUGGCAUCACACGACAGCUUUGUCGACAUCUACAAUGUGCUGAGCACCAAGAGAAUCGGCAUCUGUAAAGGAGCUUCCAGUUAUAUCACACACAUGGACUGGGACACCCGAGGUAAACUCCUGCAGGUGAACACCGGAGCCAAAGAGCAGCUUCUCUUCGAAGCUCCACGAGGAAAACGACAAACUAUCAAAAACUCAGAGCUGGAACGAAUGGACUGGUCCAGUUGGACCUGUGUUCUGGGCCCCACCUGUGAGGGGAUCUGGCCAACUCACAGUGACAUCACUGACAUCAACGCUGCAUCUCUCACCAGAGACAAAACGCUGCUCGCCACCGGAGACGACUUUGGCUUCCUGAAACUGUUCAGCUAUCCUGUUCGAGGUCAGUACGCCCGGUUUAAACGAUACGUGGGCCAUAGCGCCCAGGUGACCAACGUCAGAUGGGCUCAUGACGACUCCACCCUGUUGACGGUGGGUGGAGCCGACACCGCUCUGAUGAUCUGGGCGAGAGAGCGAGGAGGCGGGAUCAAUUCAGAGGGGGAGGGACCUUUGUUCCGUGACAACCGACCACCCGUUGACAGCGAAGAGUCAGACGAUGACAUUGAGGAGGACGGAGGUUACGAUAGUGAUGUUGCCCGUGAGAAGACGGUGGACUACGUGACUAAAAUGUACGCUGUGAGCGUGAGAGAGAUGAGAGGAACCAAACCACACCAACAGCUGAAAGAACCGUCUGCUGAGGAGAGGCAGGGCAUUGUCAAGGGAUCCAGGCCUCCAGUGAGUCGAGCGGCUCCACAACCUGAGAAACUCCAGAAAAACAAUGUGUCCAAGAAGAAGAGACUGGUUGAGGACCUAGUUCUGGAUCACAUCUUUGGUUUUCGGGGCUUUGAUUGUCGCAACAACCUACACUACCUCAAUGACGGCUCUGACAUCGUCUACCACACUGCUGCCACUGCCAUUGUCCACAGUCUCAGCACCGGAACUCAGAGUUUCUACCUGGAACACACAGAUGACAUCUUGUGUCUGACUGUCAACCAGCAUCCAAAAUACAAAAACAUCAUCGCCACUGGACAGAUUGGUGACGUCAGUGACCUCCCAGGAACAACUCCUUCCAUCCACGUGUGGGAUGCCAUGAGCAAACAGACUCUGUCCAUCCUCCGCUGCCCACACAGCAAAGGCGUUGGCUACCUGAACUUCAGCGCCACGGGGAAGCUGCUGCUGUCUGUCGGAGUGGAACCUGAACACAUCAUCACUGCGUGGCGCUGGCAGGAAGGAUCCAGAGCGUGCAGCAGAGCUGGACACCCAGACCGGAUCUUUGUGGUGGAGUUUCGGCCUGACUCAGACUCUCAGUUCGUGUCGGUGGGAAUCAAACAUGUGAAGUUCUGGACUCUGGCGGGCGGCGCUCUGAUGUACAAGAAGGGGGUGGUGGGAACACUGGAGGACGGCAGGAUGCAGACGAUGCUGUCCGUCGCCUUCGGUGCUAAUAAUCUGACGUUUACAGGCGCCAUCAACGGAGACGUGUACGUGUGGCGAGAUCACUACCUGCUGAGGGUGGUGGCCAAAGCUCACACGGGGCCGGUCUUCACAAUGUACACCACACUCAGAGAUGGACUCAUCGUCACUGGAGGCAAAGAGCGACCGACCAAAGAGGGUGGAGCGGUGAAACUCUGGGACCAGGAGAUGAAACGCUGUCGAGCCUUCCAGCUGGAGACGGGUCAGCAGGUGGAGUGUGUCCGCUCCGUCUGCAGAGGAAAGGGUAAGAUCCUGGUGGGCACAAAGGACGGGGAGAUCAUCGAGGUCGGGGAGAAGAACGCAGCGUCUAACCUGCUGCUGGACAGCCAUGCUCGGGGAGGGAUCUGGGGUCUGGCUUCUCAUCCUGUCAAAGAUCUCUGCAUCACCACCAGCGACGACUCCACCAUCAGGCUUUGGGAUCUUAGUGACAAGAAACUGCUGAACAAAGUUUGUGUUGGCCACGCGGCCCGCUGCGUGAGCUACAGCGCAGAUGGAGAGAUGCUGGCAGUCGGGAUGAAGAACGGAGAGUUCCUCCUCCUCCUCUCUAACACGCUGAAGAUGUGGGCGAAAAAACGGGACCGCAGCGCAAGCCUUCAGGACAUCCGCUUCAGUCCUGACCGGCGGUUGUUGGCAGUUGGUUCAGUGGAGAACACAGUGGAUGUGUACGAUGUGAGCGGAGGACCCGGUCUGAACCGGCUGGUUUACUGCAGCGACAUUCCAGCUUUCAUCUUGCAGCUGGACUUCUCUGCAGACAGCUGCUACAUUCAGGUGUCCUCAGGAGUGUACAAGCGGCAGGUGUUCGAGGUUCCCUCAGGGAAGCUGCUGAGUGAUCAGAGCGUCAUUGAUCGAAUCACCUGGGCCACAUGGACCAGCAUUCUGGGAGAUGAAGUUCUAGGAAUUUGGCCUCGAAACGCCGACAAAGCCGACGUGAUUUGCGCUUGUGUGUCUCACGCCGGUCUGAACAUCGCCACCGGGGACGACUUUGGACUGGUCAAACUGUUCGACUUCCCCUGCACAGACAAGUUUGCCAAACACAAACGCUACCUCGGCCACUCGCCUCAUGUGACCAACAUCCGCUUCUCCCACGACGACAAAUAUGUGAUCAGCACAGGAGGAGACGACUGCAGCAUCUUUGUGUGGAAAUGUCUGUAAACAUUUGAGAUCCGAAGCGCCUUAACAGAGCCACAAGUGGAUGCAGAGCGGGUCGAUGCUUCUCAUCCACAGACAGCCUGAGAGAAGACUCUCAUUUGAUGUUUACAGAUGUUCCUACAGCACCUUCUGCAAAGAGCCAGGACUCUGCAGCGCCCCCACCAGUGUGGGAGGAAUGUCCGCCGUCAUGAGGGGACAGACACGGUGGGAUUCAUCAGCUUGUCUAAUGAUGUGACGUUAAACCUGCACACUCUGAUCUUUAAACAUUUCAUCACUCUUUUGUUCUUUUGGUUCAUUCAGCACACAUUAUCAGACAGAAGAGUAGGUGUAGUUUGUUUUCAGAUGUUCCAGAAAAUAAAAAAAAGCUGCUGUUUUUCACUAAAGUGAACAGAAAUCAACCAUGAAAAACCCUGAAGAAACAUUCGGAUGUGACAAUGCAUCCAUCCGUUUUCUUCUCUAAAGCCCGACAGUAAUCUGGAAUAUUAACCCAAGUUAUGGCAGAAUCAAAGUCGUAUUUUAAAGUUUUUUAAUUGUUAUUUUGAAAUGUCAGCUUAAAACUGCUUUGUGUUGCCUCCUUUUGUUUUUUUUACUUUAAAUCUUGAAUUCUGCCACCACUGUUACUUAAUUCUCCUGAUAAGUUUGGAUUAUGAAAUUAUGCAGGAUCUAUGGGGACAGCCAUGGUGAAAAAACAAAAAUAACAGAAAUCUGAUAGAAGCCAGUGUUUGCCAUGGACAUGCCCACAUUUUUUGGGUACCAGAAAGGAGAACUGCAUGCAGCAGCAUUAGAGGCAGGCAGAAACACAGACAAAACUAAAAAUUUGAUGUGUAAAAAUUAUUAGUUAGUGUUAAAAAAAAUACAUAUAACCAAAAGUUCUGAUGGUCACACAUUUAUUUAUGUGUCUACAAUACUUUAUGCUAGAUAUACAAGUUAAAAAUAGUCUUUACUUCCAUUUUUAGCAAUUCUGAGCUCAGAUUCGGUGGAAGUCAGAGAUACAGUUUGGACGUUCACACUGUUUGAAAACCAAAAGACAAAGAGACAAAAAUACUCACAAUUUGACUAUAAACAUAUAAGAAGUUUAAAACUGUGGUAAUGGUUUAUUUGCAAAUAUUUUAUGAAGUAAAUUGUGGACAGCUCUACAGUUAUUGUGACAUAUUAUCAUUAGUUAAACAUGUUAAAGUAAAAACUCAAAAAGAGAAAUCUUUCAACUUUAACUGUAAUUGUGUAAAAUCCAUUAAAAUACUAGCUCAGUCAUGUCAGCCCAAACCUCUGUGGCCCAUUUCAACUUUAAAUGAUAUGUAUGUGAAGUAUAUCUGAGCUGUAGAGCUCCAACAAGGACAGGGGUUUCUCAUUGUUGCACCAAAAUUGUCUGUGGGGAAAUGCACUGCAUUUUUUUUUCUUUUGCAAAUUCCAUCUACGCCGUACAAUACACUGCUACUAAAAGUCAGAACACACAGUUCUUGGUCAAGUUUUGAUGAGUUUUUCAAAAAGUUGUGAAAAAAAGCAGCAAAUUAAACUUUGUGACUCAAACAGAAUAAUAAUAAUACGGGGUGCUUCACUACACUCAGAGGGUUAAAAGUUGCAGAAACAGUCACACAUUUAAGAACACAAAAUCUAUUAAAAUGACAUCAAUUUAACCUGAUAAAAUUUUAGUCUUAAUUAUUUUAAAUUGUCUUUGUGUUGCAUGUUUCACUAACUGAAUUUAUGGAAAACUGGCCAAUAAAAGGGACAAAUCUGCACACUUCUAUCCACUAUAAGAAAUGGUUAUUAAGACUACAUUCAGCUAAAUAAGCAGAAGAAAGUGUAAUAUAAAAGUAAUAAAUUUUAACUUGUAUAAACUGACUAAAUGAUGUAAUGAAACCCUGCUGACAGAAUAAAGACAAGAUGAGACUGACUUGAAUUUUUCCACAAAAAAAGCUCCAACUCUGUAUUUGAGUUUUGAGGACUUGUUUCAGCUCCUGAAAGAUUUCUGUAGGAAAUUUGAUAAAAGCAUAAUUUAAUUUAAAAGAACAUGAUGUUGUGGUUAUAAGGAGCAGCAGGUUUUAUCCUGACUUUUGGACUCCUCUGUAUUGGUCUGAAAAGACGCCUGAUGCCAGAAACUUCUUUGUCUUUGUUGAGAAAAACAAAAAAGAAUAGAUCUUUAUGUUGACGAGCCUUGUUCUGCAUCUGGACAUCAUCACACUUAAAGUGCCUUUCUGGAUUUUUCUACCUGUGUUUGAUUUGUUUGAGCUCUCUGAAGACUUGAUUUCAUGCUCUGAAUUUUUUUAAACCCAUAUUUGGACUUAUUUUUUACUCUGUCUGGUGCUACACUCUGAAUGAUCAGCCUGAAUGGACAGAAAAAGAAAACAUUUUUUGCUUUGCUGCCAUUUUAUUUAUUUAUUCGUUUGUUUCUGGCACAUCGACGGCAUCGUGAUCAGAAUAUUUACAGGAAUAUUUUGGUGUUUUUUGUUUGUUUCUCUGCCUGAUGUGGACGUGACGUGUGGAUGAAUUUCUCUGUGUUGAAUAUUAACUGUUGUGAAAAGUGUCAAACUGUGCAAAAAUAAUAGAAUAAAUGAAUUUAACUUG